CAACACUUCCUAGUUUUAAAGCAGGCUGUAAUAGCGGGAGUGUGAAUGGACUGCUGGCAUCUCUAUAUUGAAUAUGGCAUGUUAAUAGUUAGCUAUGUAUUUAUAGUUACCAGUUGAUUUAUAUUAACAUUGAUAACAUUGAUUGCUGAUAAAGAGUUUACAAUGGGAUUAUUAACCAUAUUAAAGAAGUUGAAGCAUAAAGAGCGAGAGAUGCGCUUACUCAUGCUUGGCCUGGACAAUGCAGGAAAAACAACCAUUUUAAAGAAGUUCAAUGGUGAGGAUGUCAGCACCAUUUCUCCAACACUAGGAUUCAACAUAAAGACACUAGAACAUAGAGGGUUCAAGUUAAACAUCUGGGAUGUAGGGGGUCAAAAGUCUUUGCGGUCGUACUGGAGAAAUUAUUUUGAGAGUACAGAUGGACUUGUGUGGGUGGUGGACAGUGCAGACCGACUGAGACUGGAGGACUGCAAGAAAGAACUCAGUGUACUCUUACUGGAGGAGAGACUAGCAGGAGCCACACUUCUAGUUUUUGCCAACAAACAGGAUCUGCCUGGUGCAUUGUCAAAAGAUGCCAUCAAAGAGGCUCUUGCUCUGGAUGACAUCAAGACACAUCAUUGGUGUAUAAUCGGCUGCAGCGCAGUGACUGGCGAGAACCUCCUGACGGGUGUAGACUGGCUCCUGGAAGACAUUGCUGCACGGAUUUUCACAGCAGACUGAGAGAAUGGCUUUUUACAGUGUUUCGGCUUUGUGUACUUCAGUUACAGUAAAAGUCCAGCUCUUUUGGCACGUUUGAGCAUUACAUUUCAGACUAAAUUUGCUCAGUCAAUUGAGGCCCAUCAUAGUUAUCAUUUUGUACCAGAUAUGAUCAGUUGUGACACAUCUACUCUCAACAGCUGUUCUGUAGUUUCAGUUGAGUGGAUGAGAAUAUUAUUGGUCAAACAAAUUGAAACCUUUGGUUUUAAAUGUUUACAGUAAUACCAUCAAUAUAAAUUGUAGCAGAUCUGCUUGUAAAGGUCAUUAUCAUUUGACGAACUGUAUAAAAAUGGUAAAACACAUUGUA